UCGUUAUGUCCUACGGACCCUUAGACAUGUACCGGAACCCGGGGCCCUCGGGGCCCCAGCUUCGGGACUUCAGCAGCAUCAUCCAGACAUGCAGCGGCAAUAUACAGCGUAUCAGCCAAGCCACUGCCCAGAUCAAGAAUUUGAUGAGCCAACUGGGAACUAAACAGGACUCCACCAAACUACAGGAAAAUCUGCAGCAGUUACAGCACUCCACAAAUCAGCUUGCCAAGGAAACAAAUGAAUUACUGAAGGAAUUAGGGACCUUGCCCCUUCCCUUAUCUACUUCGGAACAGCGCCAGCAGAGACUUCAGAAGGAACGCCUCAUGAAUGACUUCUCUGCAGCCUUAAACAAUUUCCAGGCUGUGCAGAGAAGGGUGUCGGAAAAGGAAAAGGAGAGCAUCGCCCGAGCAAGAGCUGGAUCGCGACUCUCUGCGGAAGAGAGGCAAAGAGAGGAGCAGCUCGUCUCUUUUGACAGCCACGAGGAAUGGAACCAGAUGCAGAGCCAGGAGGAUGAAGUGGCCAUCACCGAACAGGAUCUGGAACUUAUUAAAGAGAGGGAAACGGCGAUUCGGCAGCUGGAGGCUGACAUUUUGGAUGUCAAUCAGAUAUUUAAAGAUUUAGCUAUGAUGAUCCAUGAUCAAGGUGACCUGAUUGAUAGCAUAGAAGCCAAUGUGGAAAGCUCAGAGGUGCAUGUGGAAAGAGCCACUGACCAGUUACAGCGAGCUGCUUACUAUCAGAAAAAAUCUCGCAAGAAGAUCUGUAUCCUGGUGCUUGUCCUGUCAGUGAUUGUUGCUGUCUUCGCACUUAUUAUGUGGCUAGUUUAUGGAAAGUGAUUGCUUCGGAGCUUUCUCCUGCUGAACUGUUUUCAAGGGCAAGUGCUUGCUGGAGUCUGCCAGAACAAACUGAUCACAAGAAGAAAGCAUAUAUCAGAACGUCCUGUAAUUAUUUAGGUAGAAACAACUAACCAGUCCUUGGAAUUAGUGACCUCUAGAGGCAGUAUUUAUCAGUUUAUGUAUACAUUGUAUUCAUUUCUCAGAUUACGAAUUAAUUUGUAUUUUGCUUUCUCUUCUAUUCUGAUUGCCCUUUAUCCCAAAUCCCAAAUGUUUACUGAAAAUUUCAUUCUAGAUAUUCUUGUUUUAACAGGUGACACUACAGUCUUGUAAAUUUUCUUUUUAUGUGUAUACAAGAUUUACCUUUUUAUUAGCAACUGAGAUAUAAUUACUUUCUGGCACCCAGCAUAUUGGAAUUCGUCAGAAAAGUAAAAUAAGCCAGCAGUUUUUAUUAUUUAACAUUUUGAGUUGAAUUUUUAAGAAGCCUGUUCUCUGUCUGCUUUGAAAGAUUUUGGCAGUGUAUUUAACUAGAAAGUAAAAACUUGCACAUGUGGUCCAGAUUAAAUGAGAAGUAUCUAGUUGUGCUUACCAGGUGUGGAGGUGCAUGCUAGUCUGGGGUUCCAGUUUGCUGCAUUGUCCGCUGGUGUCGGCCACAGCAGCCCACCCACACACACACUAAACCAUCAUGUUCACUGUCUGAAGAGACUAAUUUAAUUAACAUUACCGAACUCCAAGGUGGCCCUCUCCCACCUGCCUGUAUAGAAAGGGAUAAUUAGACAAAGCAUGCUUUUGGAAAGCCACUAGGAGUUGUUUAGAAUGAUUUAAUCCUUUUGGUGGUGUCGUUCAGUUGUGGUUCUGCAUUUCUGGUGAAUGAUGAAUGUUGCAGCCCAAACACCACCCUGCCCUGUAAGGGCUACUGGGUGCUUGAUGGCAGGAAGAUUUUAAAAGCUAAACUGAAGUUGGUUUAAAAUUUAGUGCUGUGAACCUGGCGAUAAGGCAAAGAAAAGGUUCGUUUUUGUAAAUAAUACUGGUUUGGAAUAGUGAUGUUAGACUUAAUUUAUAAACAAGGAAUUAAUCUCAUAGUUUUAGACAAAAAAAAGUUUCAGUAAAAGAUCGUUGUCUUGUAAUAUACAUAUUUGUUCACUUCCCUUUUUCACAUGUCUAGAACAGUUAAAGGGAAUGUGAUUUCUUUAAGCUCUCACAUAAAUGUGAAUUGGGCCAACAAUUUUAGUUUGUCCUUAAGUGAAUUAGAGAGGAUUUGACUACCCUGGAUAUAUUUAUAUUAAUUUCUUCCAUUCUUUUUAAUGUUCCUUAACCUUCUUUUACUAAACUAAUGUGAACAGUAGGGAAACAAGGGCCCAAAUGCAUAAGGUUUUUUUGCACUCUUGCACCAUUCUACCCACUUAAUACAAAUAAACAUUUAAAAAACUUUCGUGGUAAGUUUUUAUGAGUUAACUUCCUAAUGUGGUAGUUAUUAGGUAAUGUGUUGUCCUUUAGAAAAAUUGAGACCUGCAAGAAGACUGGAGAUCAGGGGAGGAUUGGUGUGGGGAUGGAUUAGGUGCUGCUGCGGUCCCUUUCUUGAAAAACAGGAUGGAGAACUGGGGAGUCACAGUGGCCCAGGCAGCAACUUCAGAGCUGAUUUCUUGGUUCUGUGAUUAAUGCCUCUUCAGGUUCAAAUUAUAGUUGGACUUGGAUACAUCAUUUGUAACAUUCCAGGCAAUAAAAAGUCUUGAUUGUGAAAAACUAUUUGUGUUUGGGUGAAAUGAAGCCACUACACUUCUGUUCUAUAAUACUGUGUAAUCCAGUGGUGGUGGUAAUAGUGACCAUAGGUAGCAAAUAUGACCUUGGCCUAGAAUUUGAAUGGCCUGGAAUUUGUGGCAGUUGCAAAGGGCCAGAUGAUCCUAAAAACCUAUUCAUAGAAUCUUUAUCUGUGUUUUUUUUUCCGUCAUUGUGGGCACCAUGGUCCAGGACAAUGUUUCUUGGCCAUGGCUUCCCAUUGAACACUAGAAAAUUACUGAUAACCCGGGUGCCCCUGACAAAAGAUUCUAAUUUAGUUAAUUUGGAAUAUAGGUAGGCAUGGGGGCUUUGAAAAGGUCCAGCUAAUUCUCAUGUACAGCCAUGGUUAAGAACCACUGGAGUGGAGGUCAAUGACUAGACUUGGGUACUGAAGGCCUAGAGAAUCUUAGCUCUGCCAUUAGCUCACUGUGCGUAUUUGGAAAAGUCCUCUAACCCACAGGCCCCGAGUUUUAUCAACAGCUCUCUUGUGGUUGUGAAAUUCUCUGAUUAUAAGGACCACAGGAGUUUGGUCUGAACAUGCAACUUCUGUUUGCUUCUGUAUUCCUUUCCUUUUCCUCUUUUUUCUCUCUUUUAUGGCAUGUUCAAGAAGUACUGGACAUAUCUAGCAUUCCCUCUUUAAGUCAAUUAAAACUGUAGUACUGCAUAUGGUAAAGUAGAAAUGCCAGGCUGGCUACUUUCUCUGGGAAUGUUCCAGAACAAGAAUUUGUUAGCUGCUAGACUGAUGCUUCCAGGGUAGAUUUGUCUUGUUUUGCUAAGGGGUGGUGAUAUGCUGCUUUACCAU